AUGGCUCCCCACGCAAGCUCGGAUGUUGCUGCCAAUGGCGCCGUGAACGGGUCGGCUCGCGCGACCUCCGCUCCUCUGUUUACCGUCGCCUCGCCCAAUGUGGAGUACACUGACAACGAGAUCAAGAGUCAGUAUGCUUAUCACACCACUGAAAUCACUCGUAAUGCCGAUGGCAAGUGGGUUGCGACCCCCAAGGUCACCAACUACCAGUUCAAGGUUGACCGUAAGGUGGGCAAGGUGGGUAUGAUGUUGGUCGGCUGGGGUGGAAACAACGGCUCCACGGUGACCGCCGGUAUCAUCGCCAACCGCCGUAAUCUCUCGUGGGAGACUCGAGAGGGUGAACGGGCUUCCAACUACUAUGGCUCCGUUGUCAUGAGCUCCACCGUCAAGCUCGGUACUGAGACCAAGACCGGAGAGGAAAUCAACAUUCCUUUCCACGACCUGCUUCCGAUGGUCCAUCCCAAUGACCUGGUCAUUGGUGGUUGGGAUAUCAGCAGCCUGAAUCUCGCCGAGUCCAUGGAUCGCGCUCAGGUUCUCGAGCCUACUCUGAAGCAGCUCGUCCGCAAGGAGAUGGCCGAGAUGAAGCCCUUGCCUAGCAUCUACUAUCCUGAUUUCAUCGCUGCCAAUCAGGAGGACCGUGCCGACAAUGUCAUCGAGGGUGACAAGGCCUGCUGGGCUCACGUUGAGCGCAUCCAGAAGGACAUGCGUGACUUCAAGACUCAGCAUGGCCUGGACAAGGUCAUUGUCAUGUGGACUGCCAACACCGAGCGGUAUGCUGACAUUCUGCCCGGUAUCAAUGACACGGCCGACAACCUUCUGAACGCCAUCAAGAAUGGCCACGAGGAAGUCUCUCCUUCCACUGUCUUCGCGGUGGCCUGUAUCCUGGACAAUGUGCCCUUCAUCAACGGAUCUCCUCAAAACACUUUCGUUCCUGGAGCCAUCCAGCUGGCCGAGAAGCACAAUGCUUUCAUCGGUGGUGAUGACUUCAAGUCCGGCCAGACUAAGAUGAAGUCCGCUCUGGUCGACUUCUUGAUCAACGCCGGUAUCAAGCUCACUUCCAUUGCCAGCUACAACCAUCUGGGUAACAACGAUGGCAAGAACCUGAGCUCGCAGAAGCAGUUCCGCUCCAAGGAGAUCUCCAAGUCCAAUGUCGUGGAUGACAUGGUUGCGGCUAAUAACAUCCUGUACAAGGAGGGCGAGCACCCCGACCACACCGUGGUCAUCAAGUACAUGCCCGCUGUUGGUGACAACAAGCGCGCUCUGGAUGAGUACUAUGCCGAGAUCUUCAUGGGUGGACACCAGACCAUCAGCUUGUUCAACAUCUGCGAGGACUCUCUGCUGGCAUCUCCUCUGAUCAUCGACUUGGUUGUCAUUGCCGAGAUGAUGACCCGUAUCAGCUGGAAGUCGGCCGAGGAGGCCGAUUACAAGGGCUUCCACAGCGUUCUCAGUAUUCUGAGCUACAUGCUCAAGGCUCCUCUGACCCCUCCUGGCACCCCUGUGGUCAACGCUCUCGCCAAGCAGCGCUCUGCUCUGACCAACAUCUUCCGUGCCUGUGUUGGUCUCCAGCCUGACUCGGAGAUGACUCUGGAGCACAAGCUCUUCUAA